UUCUUAAUUAAUAAAACUUGCUGGGAUCUACAGCAAAAUUCUCUUCGUUAAGAUAUAUAAGCUCUCCCAUCCUGUUCCCUUCCACAGCGUCAAGCACCUCCCGCAUCUUUGUUUGACUUCACCCGAUAGCCAACUUCACUUCCAAGACAACUAUCAUGAGCGUUUUUAUUGCGGUAACCUCAUUCACCAUCACCAACGCCGGGACCGUAGAUGGCGUUAUCAGUGACCCCGGCGGCGCUAUCACCCAACUACCCGUACAUGCUUCAGCAUCGUUCGCUAUACCAGGACCAUACACCAUCAACCUCAACAACGUCAUUGGGGCCACCAUGAACUUCAACGAUGGAAAUCUCAAUAUUAACAAAGCGGCAGGGACCGUACCCGGCGCUGAGUUCACGGUUGCCGUUACCGUGGCUUGAUGAGAGAAUUGCACAUCGCAGCUUCAGCGCCACCAGCUAGCGCCUUUCCGACACAUUCAUUGUUUUCACCGACAGCAUCCUUAUUCAAAUAUCUCAAAAAAACUCAUCCUUGUUGUUUGUUUUAACCGACCGCGUUCAUUCCUCACUCGUCCUAUAUUCUAUUUCUUUAGUCACUACCCAGUUCCGUGCUCGCUCAACGUCCAAAUUCUGAUAUUCGUCUCAACUACCAUGCAUGAGUCAUGGACUUCAUUGCUUGUAGCUAGGAAUGAUACAUGCCGUAGUUCUUCGGUUUGCUUGAAAUCGUACACCUUGCUGCUGUC